AUGAACUGUCCCCGAGGACGAAGUGGACAUGGAGGCUCCAUCCUUGCACUAGGAGUGUCCAGGGGACGCCUGGGCCCCGUUGGCAGCAUGCGGGCCUGGAAGGCGGUGGCCGGCACGCUGGUGCUGAGCGGUGCCGCCGUGGCGGUGACGACGCUGCUCUACGCGCACGGCCGCGGCGGCCGGGCCCUGCUCGAGGACCUGCGGCACUUCCACAUCUUCAACUCGCUGCUCGACAAGCGCGAGGAGGCCGCGGGACCCACCAUCCACAAGCUGCUCGCUUACACCAAGCCCGACGCCUUCUUCCUGGGGGUGGCCUCCUUCUUCCUCCUCGUGGCCGCCCUGGGAGAGACCUUCCUGCCCUACUACACCGGGGUGGCCAUCGACGGCAUCGUGGUGCAGAAGAGCAUGGACCGCUUCUCCACCGCCGUGCUCGUCAUGUCGCUGCUGGCCAUCGGCAGCUCGUUUGCCGCAGGUAUCCGGGGCGGCGUUUUUACGCUCAUAUUUGCCAGGCUGAACCUCCGCCUUCGCAACUGCCUCUUCAGAUCAUUGGUGGCCCAGGAGAUGAGCUUCUUCGAUGAGAACCGCACAGGGGACGUCAUCUCCCGCCUGACGUCGGACACCACCAUCGUGAGCGACCUGGUGUCCCAGAACAUCAACAUCUUCCUGCGCAACGUGGUGAAGGCCACGGGCGUGAUCUUCUUCAUGUUCAGCCUCUCCUGGAAGCUCUCGCUCGUCACCUUCAUGGGCUUCCCCAUUAUCAUGCUGGUGUCCGAGGUCUAUGGCAAGUACUACCAGAAGCUUUCCAAGGAGGUGCAGAGCGCCCUGGCCAAGGCCAACAACACGGCCGAGGAGACCAUCUCGGCCAUGAAAACUGUGCGCAGCUUCGCCAACGAGGAGGCCGAGGCCAACGUGUACUGGCAGAAGCUGCAGCAAGUCUACAAGCUCAACAAGAAGGAGGCCCUGGCCUACACCUACUACGUGUGGUCCAGUGGGCUGACGCUCCUGGUGGUCCAAGUGAGCAUCCUCUACUACGGGGGACACCUGGUGAUCUCAGGGCAAAUGACGAGUGGAAACCUGAUAUCCUUCAUCAUUUAUGAGUUUGUCUUAGGAGACUGCAUGGAGUCCGUCGGCUCCGUCUACAGCGGGCUGAUGCAGGGGGUGGGAGCUGCUGAGAAGGUGUUUGAGUUCAUCGAUCGCCAGCCAACAAUGGUCAACGAUGGCUCCCUGGCCCCUGACCAUGUGGACGGGCAGGUGGAGUUCAGAAACGUCACCUUCUCCUACCGCACUCGCUCCUCAACCCAGGUGCUCCAGAACGUGUCCUUCACCCUGCGCCCUGGCCAAGUGACGGCGCUGGUGGGCCCUUCGGGGAGCGGGAAGAGCUCCUGCGUCAACAUCCUGGAGAACUUCUACCCGCUGCAGGACGGGCAGGUGCUGCUGGACGGCCACCCCAUUGCCACCUACGACCACAAGUACCUGCACUCCGUGAUCUCCCUGGUGAGCCAGGAGCCAGUGCUGUUUGCCCGCUCCAUCGCCGACAACAUCUCCUACGGCUUGACAUCCGCCUCCUUCGAGUCGGUGGUGCAGGCUGCCCAGAAGGCCAACGCUCACUCCUUCAUCACCGAGCUGCAGGACGGCUACCACACAGAGGCAGGUGAAAAAGGAGCACAGCUCUCUGGCGGGCAGAAGCAGAGAGUGGCCAUUGCCAGGGCCCUGAUCCGGAACCCCCCCAUCCUCAUCCUGGACGAAGCCACGAGCGCGCUGGAUGCCGACAGCGAGCACGCGAUCCAGCAGGCGAUUUACGGCGACUUGCAGAACCACACGGUGCUGGUCAUAGCUCACAGACUGAGCACCGUGGAGAGGGCCCACAACAUCGUGGUGCUGGACAAGGGCCGCGUGGUGCAGCAGGGCUCACACAAGGAGCUCAUGGAAGAGGGCGGCCUUUACUGCAAGCUGGUGCAGAGACAGAUCCUGGGCCUCGAGGCAGGCGGCCACCAGCCCGCGGCCCGGGCCGAUGCGAGGAAGGCGCCCGGCAGGCUGGAGGAAGAGUUCAGGAUAGACCGUGCACUGGCCUCAGACGAUUACAACGCCUCGGCCCCCAAGUGA